AUGCCUAACAAGAUUCAAGAACUCCACACUGUGGACGACAAGUCCUUCGAUUAUGUGUUCGAGCAAAAUGCCACCGUGACCCUGAGGUCGAGCGAAGGCUUGGUUCGUGUCAAUGUUUACCGACCAAAGACUUCGGAGAAAGUACCUGUUCUGAUUACCUACGGACCCUACUCAGAAGUCAACCCCGAGCAUAAGUCAGAGCACUCGGCAUGGGAGACUCCUGACCCUGCCUUCUGGACCAAGAAUGGAUACGCAGUUGUUCGUGCUGACGAGCGUGGACUUGGCCAAUCCCCUGGUCUGCUUGACACCAUGUCAAGAGGUACCUCAGAAGCUUUCUUCGAUGUAGUUGAGUGGGCUGCAGAGCAAGAGUGGUCGUCUGGCAAGGUUGGCCUUCUGGGUAUCAGUUACUUUGCCGGAUCUCAAUGGCGUGUGGCUGCAAGAAACCCUAAGGGUUUGUCGGCCAUCGUUCCUUGGGAGGGUAUGUCGGACUACUACAGAGACCGUUGCCGUCAUGGUGGUAUCUUGUCCAACCAGUUCAUCAGAUUCUGGUGGAACCGCCAAAUUAUCACCAACCAAUAUGGACGACCGGGCCGCAAGGCAAGCAACUGGGGUCCAGACACAAUUGAGGGCGACCUCUCGGAUGAGGAAAGAGCUGCCAACAGACAAGACCAGAACAUUGACAAUCAGAACAACUACUACCGCGACGACUCCUACUACGCUUCGAAAGAAUACGACAUGGGCGACAUCAAGGUUCCGCUCCUCUCAGUUGCCAACUGGGGAGGUAUCCUACUCCACCUUCGCGGAAACAUCGAGGGAUUCACCCACGCCGGUUCCGAGUUCAAGUAUCUCCGCUGCAUCACUGGUCGUCAUGAUCUCCCCUUCUACUACAACGAGGAGGUCGAGAUCCAACGCAGCUUCCUCGACGCCUUCCUCAAGGGCGAAGAUCGAGUCGGUUGGGCUACCAAGGGCAAAGUCCCCAUGGUAGACAUUGUCCUCCGUAAGGGAGACGUUGGCUUCAACGACGCCAAAGCAGAGCAGACAUACCCCAGGAGACAGGAGAACGAGUGGCCAAUUGCCAGAACACAAUAUACAAACUACUAUCUCACACCCGAGAAGGAGAUCGUCACAUCUACUCCCUCAGGGAAGGCCAAGCUCGGCUACAAGGCUCUGGGCACGCUCGAGAAGCCUGAGGUGAUGCAAUUCACCACUCCUGCUUUCGAGAAGGAGACGGAGAUCACUGGUCAUAUCACAGCCCGUCUCAACGUCUCCCUAACUCCUGAUACCACUGGACCUACACCCACCGACAUCGAUCUUUUCGUGACUCUUAGACACAUCUCUCCUGAGGGCAAGGAGGUCUUCUACACAGGAACUGCUGGAGACCCAGUACCGCUCUGCAAGGGCUGGCUUCGUGUGUCUAUGCGCAAGACAAACCCUGAGCACUACAAGCACCGUCCUUAUCUUCCCCACAGAGACUACUUCAGCACCGAUAAGCUGCCUGUCCUUCCAGGAGAGGUAUACCCCGUCGACAUCGAAGUCUGGCCUACCAAUGUCGUGGUCGACAAGGGCGGCAAGAUCAUCUUCGAGGUUUCGAGUGGUGACACCCAGGGCUCUGGCAUCUUCGGCCACAACGACUCAGUUGAUCGAUCCGAGGAGAAGCUUAAGGGUACAAACUUUGUCCAUUUCAGUGACAAGUUUGUCAACUUUGUCACUCUUCCCAUCAUUCCUCCCAAAGAAGGAUAG